CACCGCCUACUUCGCCAUCGCCACAACCCGCUCUCUGUGCUCUGCAAUAAGGCUGGCCAGGAUUGCAGCAGCAGCACCGCUGCCCUACGACGCAGCGGACACGUCGUACAGCUUGACCCCGGUACAGCAGCUGGCGUUGUACUGCACCGUACUGCUGUCCUGGCUGGCGCUGGUGGCGGCGCCGCUGAGCGUCACGGCGGGCCUCAUCACCGCGGCGUCGCUGUGGCAGGUGUUAAGCGGCACUGCCCUCUUCACCUCGCUUCUGGCGCUGUCGCCGCGCAGAGCAUCAUUGUCGUACAUCCUGACUGCAUGGCGCAUUCACAAACAUGUUUCCACAGUCAGCAGUGCGCCGUACAACGUACUGCAAACACUGCUCUUCCCCAUUAACGGGCAAACUGGGUACGAAACUGUGCUGUACUUCUACGAGGAGAUGCUCGUACACCGGCGCCGGCGCCGUAGCACCCUCGGCAAGCCGGCAAGCGAGGCUUCGUUGGCACCAGCGGGCAUGCAACGGCGUGCACAGCAUCAACAACAACAACAGCACCAGCAGCGCCGGCAGCAGCGGACUCUGCAACAGCACCAGCGGCAACCAGGACUGCAUGCGGGAGGCCCACAGCAGCUGCAGCAACUGCAACAGCAACUGCACUCGCGACAGUUGCAACGCUCCCUAGCGCCACCCGGAGUCGCUGCUGCCUUCACGACUACCACUGCUACCACCACCGGACCAUUGCCAACCGACAACCGCUUCAGUCAGGAUACCAACUUUAGCAGGUUUGGACGCAGGAAUGCCAGCUUGGAUGUGAAGACGGG